AAUGACAACAGCAAUUAUGAACAAUUCUAAAUUUCUUGUCUAUGGUGGCCCACGUAAAGAUGUUUACUACCCUAUUGAGGUUUUAUAUUGUGGAGAAUGUGCGAUGCCUGUGGAGUAUUGUAAAUACUAUCCAAAUUAUGAAAGAUGUAAAGUUUGGCUUGAAAAAAAGACAUGUGAUUAAUUAAAACUCAUGGUUGGCAAAGGAGAUGAAAAACCAGGUUUAGAAGAAAUUGAAGAGGAGAAGAAAAGACAAAUCCGGGUUGGCAGGGAUGUGGUAAAAGCUAAAAAGAAAACUAAAGCACUAGGCCUGAAGCUGUCCACAGCUACAAGAGGCAAAAUGCAGAGAGUAGCAAUUGUUGCUGGAAUUGCCACUUAUGAUAUUGAGCUGAAAGAAGCCAGGAAAUACUUUGGCACAAGUUUUUCUUGUGGUUCAUCAGUGACUGCCGAUGAGAUUGUUAUCCAGAGAGAUGUAAAAGAUGAAUUGUUUGAUAUCAUCGUAGAAAAGUGGCUCCAAAUUGGUGAAGACAAUAUUGAUGAUCUUGGAGAACAGAAGUGA